AUGGGUGAGAUGCAGAUGGAACGAGAUGGGAUGGUGUGUUGGCGACUCGAGAGGACAUGGGCGAGCGUGGAGAGGUUCUGCUCGGCCAUCAGGGUCGCGCCAACUAUGAACAUUCUUCCUUGUGGUGUAUCUUCUUUACCAUUGUGUGGUUGUAAGCGUGUGAUGCCAAGGAGUUUGGCGGUUUGGGUUGGCAUGAGGUUGAUGCAAGAUCCAGAAUCGCUAAGUGUUCUAUCAAAGUGUAUGCAAACUCGAUCGAGUCGGACAACAGAAGACUUGGUCGAGGUAGACUUCACCACGGGUAGAAAGAGAAGACAGAGGACUCAGAGGGUACAAGAGAAACCUGAGGUGCUUGUUACUGAUACAAUGGAAGUACCAUAG